AUGUCGGCGGCCAAGCGGGUGGCGAAGGAGCUGGAGCAACUUCAGGAGAAGCUUCCCCCGUACCUGCGGGACCUGACCUAUAGUGCUGCCAAUGUCUUGGAAUGGCAUGUGCUGCUCCUGCCUGAGAGACAUCCUUACAACCUCAAGGCCUUCAAGCUCUGCAUCAACUUCCCCCGGGAGUAUCCAUUAAUGCCCCCCAAGGUGACCUUCAUGACUCCAAUCUACCACCCUGAUGUGGAUGACAAUGGACAGAUGUGUCUGCCCAUCAUCAGCAAUGAGAACUGGAAGCCAUAUUUUCAUAUCGACCGAGUCUUGGAUGCUCUCAACAUGCUGGUGAAUAAGCCUGAGUCAGGGCAGUCCCUGCAUUUGGCCAUGGCUGAAGAACUGGCACAGAAGCCGGAGCUGUUCAACAAGAAAGCAGAGGAGUUCACCCUCAGGUGUGGCUUGGAGCGGCCUCCCUAAAUCAGCUUGGGUCCUCCUGGCUCACUGUAUACACACUCCCGGGCUGGGUUCCUCAGCCUCUGUGCUCCAGCCCACUUCCUGCUCUUUGGUCUCAUCCAUCUGUGUGUGUGCUGUGCGGAUUCAUGUCCAGGAUUAUCUGAUCAUAGAUGUGCUGCCUUGCCUUCUCCCAGGCUCUGUCCUGAGCUGUGGCAGUGAUAGGCUUCCAUGAUCCUGAUUUCACGAGACACUCUGUCUUAGAGACAUUGAUUCUUUUGGAUCAGCUUGCAGGAUAAUAGCUGACUGGACGGAACCAUCUUACCCCCCUCAUGCCCAAACACCACAUACCAAAGAGCUGGGGGUGGGUGGGUUGGGGGCAACUGGGGUGCAUGGAGAGAUUGUGUGCAUGAUGUGAGUGCAGUCAGCCCAAAUCCUGUUAGACUUGUAUCUAUGGUAAACCACUAAUCUUUCCUGUAGAAUAAACAAUAUAAAAUAUAAAGUCCAUGUGUUGGAUGAGACUGUCCCAGGUACCAUGUUUCUAACCCUCAGGUGGAAGGGUCUGAUAAAGCAGGAAGCAGCGGAGAAAUAAUACAUCAAGCCAGUGAGUUAAAAGUUUCAUUGGAGGGGCCAGAGAGAUAGCACAGUGGUGGGGCGUUUGCCUUGCAUUCGGCUGACCUGGGAGGGACCUGGUUCAAUUCCAGGCAUCCCAUAUGGGCCCCCAGCCUGCCAGGAGCAAUUUCUGAGUACAGAUCCAGGAGUAACUCCUGAGUGCCAUCAGGUGUGGCCCAAAAACCAAUCAAUCAAUCAAU